UACAAUCAACGGUUCGCAUCAAUGUCCAUCCGUCACCGGUGCCAAAGACUUCUUUUGCUUCGCUCGAAAUUACCAUAAACGCACAAUAUGAUGGCCGAUAUUUUCAAGAUCACCUGCUGUCUUGUGUGCGUCGCCGGCGUUGCUUUAGCCGCCCCCGCUACAGUCAAAUUGCCUAAAGGUUUUGUUCAAUGCAAGAAAAGCGACCCGGCAUUCAGCGAAUGUAUAAGAGUCUCACUGGAACAGUCAGUCCCGCAUUUAAUUAAAGGUGUUCCGAGUCUUGGAUUGCACCCAAUCGACCCACUGCGAAUUACUGCACUGGGAAUCGAUCAAGGAACAGGACCCGUGAGCAUUAAGCUAAAUUUCAGGGAUUUAGACAUUUCAAAUAUUGGCACCCUCAAAAUCAAGGACCUUCAUGCCGACAUGGAUAAGUACAAUAUCACGUUGACCGCUGAAUUCGAUAAGCCAAUUGUACUAGACGGCCAUUACGAUAUCAAAGGCAAAGUAAUAAUAUUGCCUAUCACCGGGGACGGAUUGAGUAAAAUUAGUCUUGAUAAUCUUAAGGCUAAAAUCAACGUUUACCUGAAGCCGGUGAAGAGGAACGGACAAACUUACUUAGAAAUCACAGAUUUAUUUUUGAAGUUCACCACAUCCCGUUUGCGCCUCAAAUUAGAAAAUCUAUUCAAAGGAGACAAAGCCUUAGGAGCCAACAUGAACAAUUUCCUUAAUGAAAAUUGGAGCGAGAUUUUAGGCGAAUUGCAACCAAACUUUGAAAGCGCGCUGGCCGCUGCAUUCGAAGGCGUUGCUAGCCAAUUCUUCCAAAGGGUACCAUACAACCAAAUAUUUAAGGAUUAAAAAGUUCACUAUUGUUAUCAUUAAGCUAUGUCGUAUUUAUUUUUGAUUAUUUUUGUACUGUUGUUUUAUAAAUACAAAUAUUUUAUAUAAAAAGGAAA